CCGUGCAGACGCCAACAGUGCCUGGACACUCUCUCUCUCUCUCUCUCUCUCGCUUUCCCUGUCUGUUCUUCUGCAAAGUUUCUUCGGAUCCAUGGCGACCCGGACGGCUGAAGCCCUGAAGGAGAACCUCACAAGGUUCAGGUACCACGCGCUGUUCGUUGUCUUCCUCAUCGUCUCCGUCGUCGGCCUCGUCCGCGUCGCCCCCAGCUUCAUGACCGUCCUCAACUUCUUCUCCCCGCUGCUUGUCUCCACCGCCCUUUUCCUCGUCGCCGUCGUCUUCAUCAAUCGCUCCUACUCCCCUCCGGCCGCCGAAAGCGGAGACACGAGCGCCGCCUCCGCCUCCUCUUCCUCCUCCGUCGGCGGGGGUUUCGACGGGAAAGAGUACUUCGGGAAUCUGGAGGGCGAAAGAGGUCUGCUGGAGUCCGCCGCGGAGCAGCAGGAGGGCGGCAGGUUGAUGUUCGACAGUAUGCUAAAAUAGGGCCCGCCUGCAAAAUCCGUUGGCGUUCCUGUAAAUCUCGAGCAGAAAAUCUUAAUAAAUAUUCGGCAAGCCUUAUCAUUA